AUGAUCGGUAAAGUUUUCAACUACUUGGAACCGCAUAGACGCAUUUCAGCUGCAGACAUGAUCAUCAUCACAAACGAGACUCAUCCGCAGUGCAACGACAUCUACCUGGCUCCUACAGUGGACAAUCUCGUUAUUUCCUUGCAGUUGACAUUGAUUAUUAUUGGAAUUAUCAGCAAUCUAGGCCUAUUGAUGCAAUUCUCCGGACGAGCGAAACUCGGCACAGCAAGGUUCAACAUCAUUCGUUUUUACAUCAUCAAUGUUCUUCGCAGCGACACUUGA